AUGCCGUGGCAUCACCAGAUCACCCCGGUGUCGUCUCCAUCGCUCGCAGGGUUUCCCUUGCCGCAGCUGAACAUCAGCACCACCAGCCCAGCAGCCGGCACGGCGGUGGCAGGGCACUGCUCUUUGCCGCACGGCCACGCCGCUGAGCUCCGGCUGCAGAUCCGCGCCGGCCACCGCGUCCUGGCGGGGUGGGGACCGUCCCCGCUGCGCUUCAACCUGACGACGCGCGAGGAAGACGAUGGGCUGGAGCUGAGCUGUGAUGCCAAGCUACUCGUCGGCGGCAAAGCCCCAAAGAGGAGCGCGCCCAUCCGGCUCACCGUCAUGGCCGGACCCUGGAUGGACGAUGGGAGCUGCCCCCCCAGCCAGAACUGGACGGAGGGGCAGGAUGAGACCCUGCGCUGCUCGGCACGGGGCAACCCCCCACCCCUCCUGGAGUGCACCAAGGACGGCGAGCCCUUCCCCGCGGGGACCCACGCCGGCCCCUACCACUGCCAGGCCACCAACCGGCUGGGUACAGCCAUCCGGAUUGUCACCGUGAGGGUGCACUGUGAGUGGGGACGGGGGUCUUGGGGGUCUCGGGGGUCUUGGGGGCCCUGGGGGUCUCAGGGGGUCCUGGGGGUUUUGGGUUUCCUGGGAUCUUGGGGGGUCCCAGGGGUCCCAGGGCUUGUGGUGCCGGCAGUGGCGGUGGCCGUCCUGCUCGCCAGCGGUGUGGGCUAUGGUAUUUACUACCGCAAGAAGAAAAUCCGGGAAUACCGGCUGCAGGAGCGGCAGAAGCAGCUGCAGAUGGAGAAAAUGGAGCCAUCGAAGCCGCCGGUGUGCUCGGAGGAGACGGCCGCUCUCAACGGUUCGGCACGGGAGGCUCAGCCGUAG